GUUCCCGGGGCAAAGGUCGCGCUGCAGCACAACCUGGGCCUCGGCGGGGCCGUGGUGGUGACCCUCUACGGCAUGGGCUUCCCCGGAGCCGCCAGCGCCUUCCUCACCGGCCGUAUUGCGGCUGUGCCUCUCAGUGCAGCUGUUGAUGGAUUUAAGUCACAUUUGGUCUUCAAAGAGAUUGAAAAGAAGCUCCAAGAGGAAGGAGAACAAUUUGUCAAGAAAAUUGGUGGAGUCUUUGCCUUCAAAAUAAAAGAUGGUCCUGAUGGGAAAGAAGCAACUUGGAUAGUGGAUGUGAAAAAUGGCAAAGGCUCUGUAGCAGUUAAUUCAGAUAAGAAGGCGGAUUGUACAAUUACAAUGGCUGACACUGAUCUGUUAGCUCUCAUGACUGGCAAAAUGAAUCCUCAGACAGCAUUCUUUCAAGGCAAAUUGAAGAUUUCUGGGAACAUGGGCAUGGCAAUGAAACUCCAGAAUCUACAACUUCAGCCAGGCAAAGCUAAACUUUGAGCUCAUUAGAGUAAACAGUCAGUACUUGAUAUUCUUGACAAAAAAGUAGAAUGAAACUAGACAUUACCAAUAAUAUGGCGCAGGCUGGGUUUGAUUGGACCUCUCUCAAGUAAAUUCUGUGGUUAGAGACCUUAAUUUUCUUAAUAAAUUCCAUCAGAUUGUCUGUGGCAAAGAUUUUUAGGCUAAGCUUGAGGCACUAACUCUUGCAAAUGGUAUACGGUGGGUAUUUGUUACAAUUUUUGUUUUAAUCAAUAUGAAAAAUUUUAUAAAACAUAGAGUUGAAUGAGGCUGCUUACUGUUGUUCAGGUUAGUUGGAAAGAGAGUGAGGAGGAUUAUAAAUAGUUUGACAUAUCAAUUAAAUUAGUUGCAUUUUUUUAAAAGCUGUAAUAGCAGGUCAUACAAAUGCUUUCAGACUUCCAUUCUAACAAAUUUGCUGCUGCUUAAAUUAAAAUGGUCUUAUAAAGGGGAUCUCUAACAACAUUUUUUUUUAGAAUAGGCUUUAGGAAUUUGCUAUAAAAUACUUUUCUUAUUACUACUUUGGAAUUAAAAAAUAAACAAAACAUCCAGAAGUAAGUAGGAACUAGAAACGUUGCUUUCAAAUUCACAGGAUUUGAUAAUACUUCACCUUGAAAAAAGAUUAGGUUUGCCAGGAGAGCAGAGAGGGAGUAUGACCAACAUUUUACCUGUUUUCUCCUGAGAAAAUCUGGUGUUGAUCAUUAUGAAACUCUUAUCAGUAAUGUAAAAGCUUUAACUUCUGUUUUGGGAAAAUGUAUUCUGGCUGGAAGUUUAAUAGAAAAUUAAAUACACUUUUCCUGUU